AUACUAUACUAACGGGUAUACUGUAUUUAUGCAUUUGAAAAUGCAGGGAGCGAAAAUUGUGUUCGUUUGUGUCCUUUUUAUGGUAAUUGGCCAUGUCGCCAGUGAGAAAAUCGUGGUCUGUUACUACGGAACCUGGGCGACAUAUCGGCUAGGGUUGGGCAAAUUCGACGUAAGUCAUAUAAACACGAAUCUUUGUACCCACGUUGUAUACGCCUUCGCUGGCAUCAACUCGCAGAUGACGGUCGCCUCGUUGGACUCCCAUUUGGAUUUAGCGGAAAAUUGGGGAAGAGAUAAUUUUAAGAAAUUCACAAAUUUAAAACGGAAAAAUCCAAAACUAAAAACUAUAUUGGCUGUCGGUGGGUGGAAUGAAGGUUCCAGGAUUUUUUCUCUUAUGGUCUCAAGAAUAUCAUACCGCCAGAUCUUCAUCAAGAGCGCAAUACAGAUGCUGUCGAAAUAUGGAUUCGAUGGUCUAGAUUUAGAUUGGGAGUAUCCAAAUCGAAGGGACACUGUUUACGGUCCCGCUGACGUAACUAACUUCAAUAGUCUGCUUAAAGAAAUGAGGCAGGAGUUUGAUAAGUACGGAUAUCUGUUGAGUGCUGCUGUUUCUGCUGUGAAGACUUCAGCGUCUCAUUCUUACGAUAUACCAACUAUCUCAAAGUACUUGGACUACGUAAAUAUAAUGGCGUACGAUAUGCAUGGAUCAUGGGAUGCUGUAACUGGACAUAACGCUCCCUUGCAUAGAGGUAUAGGAGAGGAAGGUGCUGACAGAAAGAGCUUGUAUACCGUUGACGUGGCACUGGAGUAUUGGCUUGAACAAGGUUGUCCAGCUAAGAAAAUAGUGUUAGGUGUUCCAUUCUACGGCAGAACGUUCACGCUGACAAAUUCCCUCCGAACCUCGGUCCGGGCUCCGAGCAGUGGACCCGGCAUUGGUGGACCUUACACUGCUACAAGCGGAGUUAUUGGAUUCAAUGAAUUCUGCAGAAAACUACAGACCGAAUUCUGGCACACAAGAUAUGACAGUCUAGCCAAAGUACCGUACGCAUUUCGCAAUAAAAAUUGGGUAUCUUUUGACAACCCUACUUCCAUUAGGAGAAAAGUUGAAUAUGCUAUGACAAAAAACGUUGCUGGCAUUAUGGUUUGGAGUAUAGACACAGAUGAUUUCAACAACGUUUGUGGGUAUGGAGACUUUCCUAUGCUGCGUGCUAUCAAUCAAGUCUUGGAUAAGUACAAAGAGAUUAAUGGAACUGGAACAACGGCCAAACCAACCAGCCCUGUAACGUCAAACAAUAUAACUCAUGUAGCUAACGUGACCACUUCAAGUACAACAGCUAGAAUAACAUUAAAACCAACUUAUGAGCCAACUUCUAGUAUAACACCUACUAUUACAUGGAGACCAAUUAAUGAGACAUCUAGUAAUACAACGGCUGGAACUACAUUGGAACCAACUUCUACUAUAGAACCUACUACUACAUUGGAACCAACUACUAGUAUAGCACCGAAUUCUACAUGGAGACCAACUAAUGAGACAUCUAGUAAGACAACAGCUGGAACUGCAUUGAAACCAACUACUGAACCAACCUCUACUAUAGAAUCUACUACUACAUUGGAACCAACUACUAGUAUAGCACCGAAUUCUACAUGGAGACCAACUAAUGAGACAUCUAGUAAUACAACAGCUGGAACUACAUUGGAAACAACUUCUGAACCAACUUCUACUACAGAAACUACUACUACAUUGGAACCAACUACUAGUAUAGCACCUAAUUCUACAUGGAGACCAACUAAUGAGACAUCUAGUAAGACAACAGCUGGAACUACAUUGGAAUCAACUUCUACUAUAGAACCUACUACUACAUUGGAACCAACUACUAGUAUAGCACCGAAUUCUACAUGGAGACCAACUAAUGAGACAUCUAGUAAGACAACAGCUGAAACUACAUUGGAACCAACCUCGACUAUAGAACCUACUACUGCAUUGGAACCAACGACUAGUAUAGCACCUAAUUCUACAUGGAGACCAACUAAUGAGACAUCUAGUAAUACAACAGCUGGAACUACAUUGGAACCAACUUCUACUAUAGAACCUACUACUACAUUGGAACCAACUACUAGUAUAGCACCGAAUUCUACACGGAGACCAACUAAUGAGACAUCUAGUAAUUCAACAGCUGGAACUAUAUUGGAACCAACUUCUGAACCAACUUCUACUAUAGAACCUACUACUACAUUGCAACCAACUACUAGUAUAGCACCUAAUUCUACAUGGAGACCAACUAAUGAGACAUCUAGUAAUACAACAGCUGGAACUACAUUGGAACCAACUGCUGAACCAACAUCUACUAUAGAAACUACUACUACAUUGGAACCAACUACUAGUAUAGCACCUAAUUCUACAUGGAGACCAACUAAAGAGACAACUAGUAAUACAACAGAUAGAACUACAUUAGAACCAACUUAUGAGCCAACUCCUAGUAUAGCAUCUAGUACUACUUGGGAACCAAUUAAUGAGACGACUUCUAGUAGCACAUUGGAACCAACGACUGCGAUUAAUAAUUCAUCAGCUUCAACCUCCACUUCAAUCUGCAGCAAAGAGGGCUACGAAUCCGACCCGACAGACUGCGCAUCCUUCUAUGUGUGUGUAAAAGAUGGCUGGGGAGCCCUCAAACCAAUCAAAUUCCACUGCCCAGGUAGCUUGUACUGGGACAAGAAUUUGCUCGUCUGCAACUACCCAAAUUUGACGGAAUGCAAUGUUAGCACAUAAAUAAAUAGAACUGCAAUAUAA